GAGACCCGUAGUUCUCUGAUCAUCCUCCGGUUUCCACUCUCAGCAAAACAUAAAUCAACGAUAAUCUCUCAGUCUCUUUACUCAUUCUUCUUAUUUGGAUAAGAUCUCUCUCUAUCUCUCUAUCCCUCGUUUCAGCAGACUCAAUCCAAACCCUAACCUCUUUGAUUCCCAUCGCAUAAUAUUAAUUAUUCUCUUCAGGAAAUCAAUUAUAAAAAUUAAGAAACACCUUUCUUUACCAUCCCUCUUUUUAUUCUUACUCCAUGCUUUUAAAUGUCAAAUUGUUCAAUCUUUCCUUUGCCCUUAAAUACUGUCACCACCACCAUCACUUCUAAACUACAAACCCUUCUCGUAUCCUCUUAAGAAUAAGUACUUAGAAUACAUUACAAAUACAUAAGAAAACAAGAGAGGAACAAAAAAGAAGAACGAUUCUUGGUUUAGCUUUCUUGAUGGAUUGGAAGAGAGAGAUGGAAGGAAAACUAGCAAAUGACAACUUGUCCUCCAACCACGGCAUGAUGACGUCACAACGCCGCAUCUGCGUCUUCACCGGACCAGUGAUCGUAGGCGCUGGACCGUCGGGACUAGCGACGGCGGCUUGUCUCAAAGAGAAAGGAAUAAUCGUAUUACUCGAGAGAUCAAACUGCAUAGCGUCACUGUGGCAGCUUAAGACAUACGACCGCCUCCGUCUUCACCUUCCAAAGAAAUUCUGUGAGCUUCCGCUUAUGCCCUUUCCUACUGACUUCCCAACUUAUCCGACAAAACAGCAGUUCAUCGAGUACCUCGAGGACUACGCUCGUAGGUUCGAUAUACGACCGGAGUUUGGUCAGACGGUUGAGUCGGCGGAGUUUGAUGAGAACCUCGAGUGGCGAGUGAGGAGCGUGGGUAAAGAUGGCAUGAUGGAGUAUGUUUGCCGGUGGUUGGUAGCUGCCACGGGGGAGAAUGCAGAGCCUGUUGUCCCUAGGUUUGAGGGGAUGGAGAAGUUUGCGGCGACGGGGAUAGUUAAGCAUACGAGUCAUUAUAAGACUGGUGGAGAUUUCGCCGGAAAAAGAGUUUUGGUCGUCGGAUGUGGAAACUCCGGCAUGGAGGUUUGUUUGGAUCUAUGCAACUUCGGUGCUCAGCCUUCUCUCGUUGUCAGAGACGCUGUGCACGUCCUACCACGAGAGAUGUUGGGUACUUCAACUUUUGGGCUGUCCAUGUUGUUACUCAAAUGGUUGCCCAUCCGGCUCGUUGACCGUUUCCUCUUGGUUGUUUCCUGGUUCAUCCUUGGGGAUACCACCCUGUUAGGUCUUAACCGACCCCGGUUAGGUCCACUAGAGCUCAAAAAUCUCACCGGCAAAACCCCGGUUCUAGACGUGGGGACGCUUGCCAAGAUCAAAACAGGAGAUAUCAAGGUUUGUUCCGGGAUAAGAAGGUUAAAACGGCACGAAGUCGAGUUCGAUAACGGGAAAACGGAGAAAUUUGACGCCAUAAUAUUGGCAACUGGCUACAAAAGCAACGUACCCUCUUGGCUAAAGGAGAAUAAAAUGUUUAGUAAGAAAGAUGGGUUCCCAAUACAAGAGUUUCCGGAGGGAUGGAGAGGGGAAUGUGGGCUAUAUGCGGUGGGGUUCACAAAACGUGGGAUUUCUGGAGCAUCAAUGGAUGCAAAGAGAAUAGCUCAAAAUAUAUACGAGUGUUCAAGAAAAUCUGAUCAAGCCCAUAGACAUAUACAAGUGUUCAUGUCAAGAAAACCUGAUCAAGCCUAGAGUAGAUUAAUACUAGACGGUUGAGAGAUGAAAUGUUUCUAUCAGAAAACGAUAUAACUUGAAGACGGGUAGCGAUCAAAGAAGCAAAUUGAUGGUUUGGGUUUCAAGGGGAGGAUUGGGGAGUGAUGUAAAUUAAGACUUAUCUCCAGCUGCAAUGCAGUUUUGAGGAAAGAAAGAAUGAAAAGGAAAUUUAGUGAGAGUGAACGUGGUGGGAAUUGAUGAUCAUCUGCCCCAAGGAGAGGAGGGGACCCUCUCUCUCUUUGCAUGCUUAUAACCCACUUUGUAAAUCUUUCUACACUUUCUUUCAAUGCUUUCAUUUU